AUGAAGAAUAAUUCUAUGUAUCUCUGCCCUGUGACAAUCGGUGGGCAGAAAUUGAUGCUUGACUUCGACACCUGCUCUAGAGACUUAUGGGUUAUAUCAAGUCGUCCGGACCAGGCUACUCAGGCUUUGUUCAAGUCAGAUGGCCACACAAUCUAUGAUCCUUCUCGAUCUCAUACAGCUACAGCAGCUCCUGGUGAAACCUGGAAGAUCGAGUAUGGUGACGGAAGCAAUGCCUCCGAUGAUGUUGCCAAUGACACCGUCACAGUUGGCAAUAUAAUCAUUGAAGCACAGGCUGUCGAAUACACAGUCAAGCCAAAGAAGUUACGUACUCCAGUUGAAAAUAUGGUCUCUCAAGGCGACAUCCCUCCCGUUUACCGACUCUUUGCCGUCUGUCUUUCUAGCUGGAAAGACACUGACGAACCCGGCCAGGGAAAGAGCUUCUACACCUUUGGCAUGAUCGACCAGACAGUCAUGAAGCGCUGCAACGCCACAGAUUUCUUCUGGACACCACUUGUCGACCAGUUCCGGGGCUUCUGGGAGUUUCCUUCAAAGUUCUUCGUGGUAAAUGGGACAACGAUUCCUCGAAAAGCUGCCCAGAAGGGAGGAAAUAGUGCUAUCGCUGGCACUACUCUUGCCCUACUAGAUGACGAAACCUGUGUUGCAAUCUACAAAUGCAUCAAAGGCAGCCGAUACGACUACCAAAAUCAAGACUAUGUCUUCCCAAGCAACACACCUGAGCGUGGACUUUCAUCCGUUGGCUUCUACGUAUGCAACAGGGCAUCUUUUGGUCCGAAGGAGUCACUUUUGUUCGCCGAAACUGAACCUGGUUGGAGCUACGGCGGCAUCCAGAGCCGUGGUGAUCUACCAUUCGACAUUCUAGGCGACACUUCCCUGAAAGGCAUAUAUGCGGGUAAAAAGCGCUUCGGUGCGGUGCAGCACAAUUUGGAAAGCCAGGAUCUGAAGCUGCAGUAG